AAAAUCUUUAUCAAUCUGGAGAACUUCGUAUUACAAAAGCAGCUUGCUACUGUCAUUCAUUCUAAAGAUGGGUUUUGCAAAGGACCAAGCGGUGGACCAUGUGUCCACCAAAGAAUAUGGUUCAAGAUCAGAACCAAAUAACUGCCAAAAUAAAGAAUGGAAGGUCUGGAAAUAUCUUCGAAAUGCUUCUGAUAAACUCGAUGCUAUUGGAGUUGAGACCAGGGGUAUUGAAAGAAUUGAAGCCCACGAGAGAUCCACUAAUCGUACGAAGCAGUUAAUUUCAGUUAUAGGUUUGUGGUUAUCAGCAUGUGGAGGUUUAAGUUCCAUGUCUUCAUUUUAUUUGGGACCAUUUGUAUUUGAAUUAGGUUUGAAGAAAACUUUGACUGCUGGUUUGAUAGGACACACGCUUGGUUGUUUUAUUGCUGCUUACUGUUCAUUGAUGGGACCUAGGUCAGGAUGUAGACAAAUGGUGGGAGCAAGAUUUUUAUUUGGUUGGUGGUUUGUCAAAUUGGUCAGUCUUGUGAGUAUUGUUGGUGUGAUGGGAUGGUCGGUUGUCAAUUCAGUAGUUGGCGGCCAAAUUUUGAAUAGUAUCAGUAAUGGCAAAAUAUCAUUAAUUGUUGGUAUUGUUAUAGUUGCAGUAAUUUCCCUUUCAGUUGCCAUAGGUGGUAUAAAACAGCUUUUAAGAGUAGAAACUUUAUUUAGUAUUCCGGUAAACUUAGCAUUUUUAUUAUUAUAUGUUGUUGCUUCUCCAAAAUUUAAAUAUUUGACAUUAUCUGAUACAAUGGGAUUAGAUCAUGUUACAUUAAAAGGUAAUUGGUUAUCCUUUUUUUCAUUAUGUUAUUCGAUUACAUCAACCUGGGGAUCUAUUGCCUCUGAUUACUAUAUUUUAUUCCCUGAAAAUACCCCAGAUUUACAAAUUUUCACCAUCACUUUCUUGGGUAUUUUCAUUCCAACCACUUUUGUGGGUACCGUUGCUUUACUUAUUGGUAAUGCUGCAUUGAGCUUCGAACCUUGGUUCCAAGCUUAUAAUAAUCAAGGUAUGGGUGGCUUAUUAAACGAAGUUUUUAAACCAUGGGGAGCUGGAGGAAAGUUUUUAUUAAUUUUGAUUUUCUUAUCAUUAAUUUCCAAUAAUAUUAUCAACACUUACUCUGCAGCAUUUGGUAUCCAGCUUGCUGGAUCCGGUCUUGCAAAAGUUCCAAGAUGGCUUUGGGCUUUCUUCAUUACCAUUGUCUAUUUGGUUUGUGCCUUAGUUGGCAGAAAUAAGUUUGCAGAAAUCUUGGGUAAUUUCUUACCAAUGAUUGGUUAUUGGAUUUCUAUGUAUUUCAUUAUGUUGCUAGAAGAAAACACUAUUUUCAGAACCGAUACUUUUAUGCAUUUAUACACAAAAGAAUUCUCAAGAGAAGAAGACGAAGUCAUGGAGACAAAACAUUAUAUUUUAUUCUCUAAAAGAAAAAAUCAACACUACAAUUUCAAUAUUUGGAACGAUUACGAUAAGCUCACCAGAGGUCUUGCAGCUUCCGGUGCUUUUAUCAUCGGAGCCUCUGGUGCUGCUUUAGGUAUGUCCCAAGUCUACUGGGUUGGACCUUUAGCUAAACUCUGUGGCGGUGAAAGUGGUGGUGAUAUUGCAAUGUGGUUAUGUAUGGGUCUCAGUGGGAUCAGUUAUCCGAUACUUAGGUACUUUGAAUUGAAAAAGUUCGGUAGAUAGAGUCAUUUAUAUAGAUUAACAAAUAAUAGCGUAGAUAAAU